CUCCUAAAUUUUGGAUUUACACGCUGCCCCCUCCUCCCCAGCCCCACCCUCUCGCCUGCGACUCCCUGUGCGACGGCGAACGGCGAACGGCGGCGCAAACCCCUACGGCGAGGCAUCCCCUGCAGCGGCGGCUCAGCAACAACAGACUGGCAGCGCGUUCCUCUCUGUGAAGGAGUCAUCACCCGCAGUAGACUUCUUCCACCGGGUGGAAUUUUGAAGGGUGUUUCUCUUUGCUUUUUACAAAAAUCCCCCUUGGGGUUGGCUUCUUGGUGACGAAUGCUGGAGCUGAUAGCGCUCAAGUUUGACAACAGUCACUACAGACCAUGAUGAGCACACUAUCGGUGAAAAUGGUUGAGUCUUUCUCUCUAUUCAGAACCUUUGCAACCUUUCCCUCUUCUCAGCGAGGUGUUCCAAAUUAUGGGCUUGUUCCAUUCUUGCAUCAAAAUAGAGGAUCAAGGGUGAGUUUUUCUAAAAUGACAUGGAGUUUGGAAAAAUGCAGAACACGUGUGGACAAUAGUUUGCAAGCCAUUUGCCCUGCCUCUGAAGCUUUUGCUCAAGCGGCUGUUGAAGCACUUAAAGCUGGAAAGGUGAUCGCCGUCCCAACUGAUACUCUCUACGGGCUCGCUUGUGAUGCUUGUUCUUUGGAGGCAGUCAAUAGGAUUUAUGAGAUUAAAGGACGUAAACUUACGAGUCCUCUCGCCAUUUGUGUUGGUGAUGUUGCUGACAUAACUCGUUUUGCUGUAAUAGACCAUUUGCCUCCUGGUUUGCUUGAUUCUCUCCUUCCAGGGCCCGUAACUGUUGUACUAAAAAGAGGCGAGUCGAGUACUCUUGAGAAGUCUUUGAACCCUGGAUUGGACAGUGUAGGAGUCCGUGUACCCGACUAUGACUUCAUUCGGCUUAUUUCUCGUAAAUCGAAGACAGCCUUGGCCCUUACAAGUGCUAAUUUAAGUGGGCAACCAAGUAGUGUCUGUAUAAAUGAUUUCGAAAGCAUAUGGCCACACUGUGCUUAUGUAUAUGAUGGUGGCGUUCUUCCUGCUGGGCGAGCAGGUUCUACCAUUAUCGACCUCACCAAGAAGGGGACAUUUAAGAUUAUCAGAGCUGGAAGUGCAAAGGAUCUGACUGUUGCAACCCUUGAAAGGUAUUCCCUGUUGGAAGAAGCAGCUAAUUAAUAUUUGAGCAUCACAAUCAUGCCAAGUUUUUCCAAACAUGUGUUAAUUAUUUUAGAGGUUUCUGAGUUUUUUUUUUCUUUUUUUUUUUCUUUGAGGCCGAGUAAAAGUGAAGAUGAGGCCUAUGGCUUUAUUACCACUCCAUUUGUAACAAUUAUAUUGCACUUUUUUUUUCUAAAGUUGUGAUUUUUAUUUGUAUGAUUAUGUAACAUUUUGAUUAUUUGUCAAAUUUACUAUACCCAAUGAUGAGAAUGACUUCAUGGAA